ACAGUGACGAUGCAGUUGUCCUCCAUUUGAGCAGCGAGAUUUAUUGUAAAACCUCGUCUCCUCCGUUCCCACCUCUCGCUCUCUCCGAGCUCAUCAAUGGCGACGCUGACGAUUCCUGAGGCGAUCCCUUCCCCCGCCGAGGAUUGUGAGCAACUCCGAAAGGCUUUCCAAGGCUGGGGCACCAAUGAGGCGCUGAUCAUCUCGAUCCUCGCCCACCGCAACGCAGCGCAACGCCGCGCGAUCCGCGAGACCUACGCCCAGAUCUACGGCGAGGAGCUACUCAAAUCGCUCGACGACGAGAUCUCCGGCGACUUUGAGAGGGCGGUGAUCCUGUGGACGCUCGAUCCGGCAGAGAGGGACGCCGCGCUCGCAAAUGAGGCGGUGAGGAAGUGGCGGUCAAGCGACCGCGUGCUGAUAGAGAUUGCUUGCGCGAGGAGUUCUGCCGAAUUGUUUGCGGCUAGGCAGGCGUACCAUGCUCGGUUCAAGCGGUCGAUCGAAGAGGAUGUGGCGGCGCACACUACUGGAGACAUCCGGAAGCUUUUGGUGCUGCUUGUGAGCUCAUAUCGCUAUGAGGGAGCAGAGGUGAACAUGAGAUUGGCGAAAUCAGAGGCCAAGAUCCUGCAUGAAAAGAUUUCUGAUAAGGCCUACAACGAUGAAGAACUCAUCAGGAUACUUGCGACGAGAAGCAAAGCUCAACUUGUAGCAACACUAAAUCUCUACAACAACGAGUUUGGCAAUUCAAUCAACAAGGAUUUGAAAUCUGAUCCCAAGGAUGAAUACCUUGCUGCGCUAAGGGCCGUCAUACGUUGCAUUUGCUGCCCCGAGAAAUACUUCGAGAAGGUAAUCCGGAUGGCUAUUGCUGGGCUUGGAACAGAUGAGAAUGCUCUUACAAGAGUAAUAACCACUCGUGCCGAGGUGGACCUAAAAGUGGUAAAGGAGGUCUACCACAAGAGGAACAGCGUGCCUCUUGAACGUGCAGUUGCAGGGGACACUUCUGGCGACUAUGAAAGGAUGCUUCUUGCCUUGUUAGGGCAUGAGAACUAAUGCUCGAGCAUGCUUCAGCUCCAUGAUGUAACUUCAUAUAAGCGGGCAUGCAGAUUACUCUGGUUAGUCCCUUUGUUUCCUUUCGAGCUUGAAAUAAAAUUCCGGUUUAGUUUGUAAUAAUGAAACUGAACCUCUUCUUGAAGUUCUUGUGAGACUUUCGUGCCUGGAUAGUGCCCCAGUAUCUUAUUUA